UCAGAUGUGAAGAAAAUGACAAUCUCCUUCAGAGAUACAAUAGGUAAAGGAGGCUUUGGCACUGUAUACAAAGGAAAACUACCCGACGAUGGACGUAUUGUUGCAGUGAAAGUCCUUAGCGAGUCCAAAGGUAACGGAGAAGAAUUUAUCAAUGAAGUUGCUAGCAUUGGUAGAACUUCCCAUGUCAACAUAGUCACUCUUUUCGGAUUCUGUUACGAAAGGGACAGAAGAGCUUUGAUUUACGAAUUCAUGCCUAACGGAUCUCUUGAUAGUUUCAUACGUAAGCAAGGAUCUGAUAUUGAAAAGUGUCGCUUAGGGUGGAAGACAUUAUCUGAAAUAGCGGUUGGUGUUGCACGUGGACUAGAGUACUUGCACCGCGGUUGCAACACAAGAAUUUUGCAUUUUGACAUAAAGCCGCAAAACAUUCUUUUGGACAAAGACUUUUGCCCGAAAAUUGCUGAUUUCGGUCUUGCCAAACUAUGCAAAGCGAAGGAGAGCAUUGUGUCGAUGUUGGGCACAAGAGGAACUGCAGGAUACAUCGCACCUGAAGUAUUUAGUCGGAGUUUUGGAGGAGUGUCUCACAAGUCUGAUGUGUACAGCUACGGAAUGCUGGUUCUCGAAGUGGUUGGAGCAAGAAAGAAUUUGGAUUCUAGAGUGUCUCAUACGAGUGAAAUGUUUCCGCAUUACGUUUAUAAAAUUCUAGAGCUAGAGAACAGUGAGAAUGUUUUUGGGGCUAUCAGUGAGGAGGAAAAUGAAAUAGCAAGAAGGAUGGUGUUGAUAAGCAUGUGGUGCAUUCAGACCAUUCCUUCUGAUCGGCCAUCGAUGAGCAAAGUGGUGGAGAUGUUGGAGGGACCCCUUCAAUCCUUGCAAAUUGCCCCCAAGCCCUUCUUGUUUUCUCCUACAACAGCUGCAGUAGACUCCACGAGCACAUCCCAACAGUCUGAUGAAACAAACUAG